GGCCGAGUGUUCAUCAUCUCUCCAGCGUUACUGCAGUGGUCAUGAUUAGGAUGUGACAGGCAGCAUGAGCGUGAAGGCCUUCGAGCUGGUGCCCGCCAUAGAGCGGGAGCAGUUGGCUAGCGAGAAGGCACGCGUAAGUAUUGAGUGCAUCGAAUGCUGCGGCCAGCACCUUUAUCUGGGCACUAACGAUGGCUUCAUCCAUCACUUCCUCCUGGAGGAGCGUGCCACGUCCAAAUGCAGGCUGGCCUACAGCUCCCAGAAGCUUUUGCACAAGCAGCUAGGCCUGAAGAAACCGCCGUCCGAGUUAAAAGCUGCCUCGGCUUUGGAACGCCUCAUCGUCUUAUGUGAUGGUGUCAUCCUGCUGGUGAAUAUGGUUACUCUGGAGCUGGUGGCAUCAGGAGGGACCAAAUUAAAAGGCGUGACUGUUUUCUGCGUCAACGAGAACCCUGUGACGGCCGAGCCGUUCUGCGUGGAGAUGGCGGUGGCGUCUGCACGGCGGCGUGCUGUCCACAUUUGUACUGUGCACGAGGAUCGGGUUCAGAUCCUGAAGGAAGUGGCCACUCCUGAUCAACCCUGUGCACUCAGUGUUGAUGGUUACUUUCUUUGCUUAGCUCUUCCCACACGAUAUGUGAUCCUGAACUAUGGCACGGGUGCAUCGCAGGACCUCUUUCCCUACGACAGUGAGGAAAGAAAGCCCAUCAUCAAGCGCACUGGCAGAGAGGAGUUUCUUCUGGCUGCACCAGGUGGUCUGGGGAUGUUUGCUAAUGCUGAGGGCAUAUCCCAGCGUGCCCCAGUGAACUGGUCAGAGUAUGUGAUCAGCGCAGCUGUCUGUUUUCCGUACGUGGUGGCUCUGGAUGAGGGCUUUGUGACGGUUCACAGCAUGCUGGAUCAGCAGCUCAAACAGACGAUUUCCUUCCGAGAAGGACACAUCCUGCAAGAUUUUGAAGGUAAAGUGCUGUUGGCCUCCACUAGGGCGGUGUAUGUCCUGGUGCCGCUGCCUAUGGAACAGCAGAUCCAGGACCUGUUAGCAGGGCAUCGAGUAGAGGAGGCACUGAUCCUUACCGAGGGUGCGCAGAGGAACAUUCCUAAAGACCGGUUUCAGAUGUUGCACAGAAGAAUUCUCCAGCAAGCAGGAUUCAUCCAUUUUGGACAGCUCCAGUUUACCGAAGCCAAAGAACAUUUUAGAAAAGGGCAGUUAGACGUGCGGGAGCUGAUCUCACUAUGCCCGCUGCUGCUGCCCGCCUCUUCAUCCUUCAUGCGAUGCCACCCGCCGCUGCAUGAGUUUGCAGAUCUCAACCAGCUGGCACAAGGUGACCAAGAAAAGGUGCAACGCUGCAAGAACUUCUUAAUCAGCUACCUGUGUGAGGUACGUGCCAGUGACAGCGCCAACGGGUUCAGGCAGGAUGUGGACACCGCACUACUUAAACUCUAUGCCGAGAUGGGACACAAGGGACUGCUGGAGCUGCUGGGCUCUGACAAUGCUUGCCUGCUGGCAGACAGUACCCCCUGGCUGGAGAAACACCACAGAUACUUUGCACUCGGACUGCUGUAUCACUAUAACGGCCAGGAUGCUGCUGCUCUACAGAUGUGGGUUAGAAUUGUUAACGGGGAUCUCCAGGACUCCACACGGGCUGAUCUCUUUGAGUAUGUUGUGGACUUCCUCAGCUCCUGCAAGAAUCUGGACCUUGUGUGGAAGUAUGCGGACUGGGCUUUACACAAAGACCAAAAGCUUGGAGUGCAGAUCUUUACUAAGAGACCCGCCUCUAAAGAGCUGACUGGGCAGCUGAAUCCAGACGAGGUGAUAACGUACCUGCAGAAGCACCACCAGGCCCUCAUGCUGUAUCUGGAACACAUUGUUCUGGAGAGAAGAUUGCAGAAGGAGAAGUACCACACACACCUAGCUGUGCUGUACGCUGACCGAGUGCUGACCCUCAUCUCCCGACCCUCAGCUACAGGGGAGCAGAUCUCCUCAGCUCGAAAGAAACUGCAGCAACUGCUCAGAGAGUCCAACCUGUACAGAGUUCAGCUGCUACUCGGUAAACUAAAGGACUCUGAGCUUCUGCUAACAGAAAGAGCAACUCUGCAUGGGAAGCUUGAGGAGCACGACAAAGCCCUGCACAUCCUGGUGCACCAAGUGAAAAACUCCAGAGCUGCUGAAGAUUACUGCAUAUGGGCGUCUGAAGCUUAUGAUCGUAGCUACCGCGAGAACGUUUUUCACCAGCUGCUGCGUGUUUAUUUGGACCCCGACGUACCAGGUGGGUCACGGACUGUAGAAGCCGUAGACUUGCUGAACCGUCACGCUGAUGUUUUUGAUGCAGCGAAGGUUUUAGAGCUCGUCCCUGAGGCGUGGUCACUGUCGUUGCUUCAGCCUUUCCUGUGUGGGGCAGUGAGGGCCAGCAUGCACGAACGGCGCACCUCCCAAAUCGCCCUGGGGCUGGCGAGAGCCGAAAACCUUCAGCUCCAGCAUGACAGGCUGAAGUAUCGUGGAGGGCCAGUCAUCAUAUCUGAAAAGAAGGGAUGCCACCUGUGCCACAACACCUUCAACGAGCCUGACUGUGUGUGCCUACCGGGUGGAAUUCCCAUCCACACGCACUGUGCCACCAAGAGACUUCAGGACUCGCCCUCAAAGCGGCAACUAGACCAUUCCCAUACCAGCAAUCACACCUGAAGCUUGCUGGAAAUGGACUGCACUGCAGGGGCAUCUGCAUGUCCUGGGCCUGGAAAGGUGAGGGCGCACCAGUGGAGACGGGCACAGGAGGAGGGAGGAAUUGGGGUACGGAUCGCGCAUCUACACGGCGAAUGCUCAGAUCGCUGGACACAGAACAUGUUAGUGAUGAUGCUGAUCAUGUGGGAGUGGGGAAGUGGAAGGGAAUUUUCAUCUGACAAAGCUGGGCUGUGUGUGUGUGUGAGAGUGAGAGAG